CAACCUUGGAAUCUGGGAUCGAGUACUUCGAAUCGGGCUGCACUCCAUAGAAUCACGUCGAUAGAAUCCCAUCAACCCGUAAUUUUCACACCGUCACCACACCAGCGUCAAGUUCACACGCAUAACGCACAUCACCCUUUUAAUAAUUCGAGCGCGCACGUAUUUAUAACUCUUCGACACUCGUCCCCAACCCAACCCAACCCAACCCACGAAACCAGAGCGGUAAAAGCUCCAGGUUACCUCGGUAUCCAAGAAGCAGGAAGAAGAGUCCAGGCUAUAUCCGGACUCGUAGGUACGUGUUGCACCCGAAACACACACACACACCACACCUCUCGGGCGCACAGCAAAGUUCAUCAUGUCCUAUCCGCCUCCUCCAGGCUCCAGCAAUUCGCUCCCCCCGCGUCCGCCCCCCUCGCGCUUCUCCGGCUUCAAGCCAGCCUUCUCGCCCGCGCCAACCCACUCCCCGAGCCCCGGCCCCUACGCGCCUCCCGCAUACUCCAGCGCGCCGACAUAUGCUAGCGCUCCCGCCCCCGCCAGAAGCCAGUAUGGCUCCUCGUACCAGCCGUACGCGCGCCCGGGCCCCGUGACCGGCGGCUACCAACACCAAUCGCAGCCAGCAGCAGCAGCAGCAGCGAAUCCGUACUCGUACCCCGGCCAGCAGCACCAGCAGCAGCAGCAGCAGCAGGGCUACCAGCAGAGCUACUACAGCGCGCCGCAGGUAGCCGCCGGCACCACCGCCGCGACCUCGUAUGCCGCCGCCCCCCAGAUCCGCAACCCCUUCCCGGCUCCCAACCAGGCGAAGAGCGACGACUAUGACCCGGAUAUGGCAGCGCAGAUCGCGCAGUGGCAGAGCGCAUAUGUGAAAGAUCCCACCAAGGAAGGGGGUGCUGGUGCACCAGCAACGGCAGGAGCGUCAGCAGCAGGGUCUGGAGGACGAGCAGGCUACGCCAACAGCGCGACGACGACGACGUACGCCGCGGAACCGAGUGCCAGUGCCGCCGCCGCAUCAGCAGCGGCUGCUUCAGCAACGAACGGCGAGAAGAAGAAGACGGUCGUGCGAUCAGGCGGUGGACAGAAAUGGUCUGACGACACGCUCCUCGAAUGGGACCCCUCUCACCUACGCCUCUUCGUCGGCAACCUAGCAGGCGAGACAACCGACGAAUCUCUCUACAAAGCAUUCUCACAGUGGAAAUCCCUGCAAAAAGCGCGCGUAAUCCGUGACAAAGUAACGUCCAAAUCCAAAGGAUACGGCUUCGUAUCCUUCAGCGACCCAGACGAGUUCUUCCAAGCAGCCAAGGAGAUGAACGGCAAGUACAUCCAGAGCCACCCGGUCGUCGUGCGCAAGAGCACCACCGAGAUCAAGCCCACCGUCGCCAAGGACAACAACCGCUGGAACAAGAACGGCAAGAACAAGAACAAGAAUAAGAACCGCGGCGGUAACGGUUCUGGUGGCGGUGGUGGUGGGAAGCGCGACGACGGCCUCGAAACCCAUCUUGGUCCCGUGCCGACCGGUGUGCAUAAGCCGGGCCAGAAGACGAAGGGCGGGUUGAAGAUAUUGGGUUGAGUGAGGGGAGGAAUAUGUAUAUACCCUGCUGAUGCCUACACCUGCAUUGGGUGUCUAGGUAAUCAUUAUGUUAUCACGCUUAGCAUGCUUUAAUACCAGGCGUUCAAGACGCGCAGACUGGAUCAGAAAAUUCGUUUCUAGAUACCAAGGAGCAUAUUAUACUAAUAAAACAUGAUAGAACACC